CAGCAGCAGUGGCAGCAGCGGCAGCGCGGAGAGGCGCAGCGGAGGUUUUCCUGGUUUUGGACCCCAGUGGCCGGAUGGUGAUGGUGAAAUCCUCCCUGCAGCAGAUCCUCAAUAGCCACUGCUUCACCAGAGAGAAGGAAGGGGAUAAACUUAGUGCCACCAUUCACGCCAGCCACACCAUGCCACUUCUUAAUCUGCACAGCCGCGGCGGCCGCAGCAGCGAGAGUCCCAGGGUCUCCAUCAGUUGCUGUAGUAACCUGGGUCCAGGGCCUCGGUGGUGCUCCGAUGUCCCUCACCCACCCCUGAAGAUCCGAGGUGGGCGAGGGAAUAGUCGGGAUCACAGUCUUUCAGCUAACUCAUUCUACUCUGAUAAUCAGCUGAGUAUAACAGAGGAACUAACAUCUAAUAACAAGAGGAGGAUUCUAAAUGUCCAGUCCAGGCUCACGGAUGCCAAACACAUUACCUGGAGAGCCGUGUGGAGCGGCAGCAGCCUCUACCUUGAGAUCCCAGGCGGCCCCCUGCCUGAGGGGAGCAAGGACAGUUUCGCAGUUCUCCUUGAGUUUGCAGAGGAGCAGCUCCAUGCGGACCAUGUCUUCAUUUGCUUCCAUAAGAACCGGGAAGGCAGAGCUGCCCUGCUCCGGACCUUCAGCUUUUUGGGCUUUGAGAUUGUGAGACCAGGGCAUCCCCUUGUCCCCAAGAGACCCGAUGCUUGCUUCAUGGCCUACAUGUUGGAGAGAGAGUCUGCUGGUGAGGAGGAGUAGUGGCCCCGACUGCCAAGGGAGCCCGCAUGGUGGUGGUCAUCCCCGUCCCCUCAGUGUGCUGCACUGGGGGACACAGACUCGGUCCUCUCUUCUGCAUUUGUCCACGUGUCAUAAUUGUGCAAAUAAACGCCCACUCCAAAUUA